AUGUUCUACUUCAGAUAUCCUAUCAGCCGCCUGAUCACCUUCGACAUCCCCAUCCACCUCGAAAGAAGCUUUUUUGGGGUGGAAACAUCCGGGGCUACUGUACCCAAGGGAGAUGUCUCGAAUGUUCGACACAUUAAGUUGGUGUUGGCCACAUUUCUGGGAGAGCUUCGAGACGAGGGGGAUGAUGAGAGGAUGGCCGCGUGGGAGAUGGCUGUCUAUCGAUGGGCCGCCCAGAAUCCAUAUCCACUGGUGGAAGUGCUGGUGAUCGGCUCCGAGAUCGUGGACGUUGAGAUCAAUCGUGAAGCUCAGCGGAUGUCCCCGUAUUUUGCAUACGGUUUCGGGGCAAUGUUUCUCUUUGUCUGCUCUACCGUAUACUUCUCGGCACUGUAUUUUGAUAGGUUAAAUUGGUGGACCGUAAUCGUUGGCCUAUGCUCAACCCUAGUGCCAGUUGUGGCAAUUACAUCAACUCUGGGUACUCUCUCACUUUUUGGAUGUCCUAUUAAUCAAUUACUACUUAUUAUGCCGUUUCUCAUCAUGGGAAUCGGGGUGAAUGACUCUUUUCUUACGGUACACGCAUGGCUUCGACAAUCAAAUAAUGAGAAUAUGCAGACGAGGAUGGGAAGGGUUUUUGAAGAAGUUGGCCCCUCCAUAACCACGACUACGCUGACAAACGUCAUUACGUUUCUUAUCGGAGCCUUUACCCCGACCAGUGAGAUCUCAAUCUUCUGUUUCGGCACAGCCCUCGCCCUUGGCAUGGCGUAUAUUUACACAUUAAUACUAUUUGGCCCAAUCCUCUAUUAUUCCUCGCCGACUACCGUUGAUAAGGAAGGGCCGCGUACUGUAGAUGGAUGGAGGCUUACGCUGCGAAACUUCUUGAAAUGCCUGGUGCGUGGGUAUGCAAAAGUGAUCAGCCAUCCCGCCGUCGCUAUCGUCUUAUUACUCGGGAGUCUAGUAUACUGGUUCUUCGCGGUGAAGGGUACGGUAGGACUCGAGUCGAAACUCGACACCGGCAAAAUCCUCCCAAUUCACACCCCAAUUCGACGCCCAAAUCGAUUGAUGGAGGAGAUUAUAUGGCCAGAAUACUAUCCACUGACUGUCAUCGUCAACAACCCGCCGGAUAUUCGAAAAUCCUCACAACUCGCCAGGCUGAUCAAGAUGCACGACGAUUUUGACAGGAUGGAGCAUAAUCGCGGCAAAAUCUACACUCUCUCCUGGAUUCGAGCGUACCAAUCGUACUACGAGCAAGCAUCGAUCUUUGAUUUUGACGAGGAUCUUGAGGCCCGCGAUUCUGGCUUGAGCUAUGGGAAAUUGGAGCCGUUCCUCAACGAUACGCUACGUCGACAGUAUCAAUCGUUCGUCAAACUAACGAAUAGCAGCUCAAACCCGAUCCAGCGUUUCUCGCUAGUUUUCGUCUUCGAAAAGCUCUCAUCAUGGGAGGAACGUAUCAGAUUGGUGGAGGAGUGGCGCGGAAUUGUUAAUAGUUAUUCGGAGAUGAACGCGACAAUCUACGAUGUGAAUGCAAUGUUUGUCGAUCAGAUCAUUUCGCUGAAGCCGUUGGCCAUGCAGAGUGCAAUGUGGACAUUAAUUUGUAUGGUGGUUGUCUGCGCUCUCUUCAUCCAGAAUCCAGCCUCUGUCCUCCUUGCCUCACUCGCAAUCGCGUCGAUAUCACUCGGAACUGUUGGCUAUCUCUCAUUCUGGGAUCUCGACCUGGAUCCAGUCUCCCUUGGUGCAAUUCUGAUGAGUAUCGGAAUGUCCGUCGAUUUCACUGCACACACCACCUAUCAUUAUCAGCUCCAAUCACACGUUGUCGAACGGAAUGGGAAGUCAGUGAUUGUUCCGUUGCGGGACCCUGUGGAUAAGCUGAUGCAUACGGUAGAGGCUAUUGCCUGGCCAAUGACACAGGCUGGCCUAUCUACUGUCAUUUGUAUAUUGCCGUUGGUGUUGUUGCAGAACUACAUCCCUCUCGUCUUCGUCAAAACCAUAUCACUUGUCGUGAUUUGGGGGAUGUGGCAUGGACUUGUAUUACUUCCCGCCUGCCUCGCACAGGUACCCACCCGGAUAUUCGACAUCAACUGCUACCGUAGCAUCUUCCGGGAACCCCCACCAGAAGAUAGAGAAAUGGAGACGAUUGGAGAAAGUACCGUCCAAACUCCACUUGUC